AUGUUCUUCAAACAAUCCGGAUACAAACCCAGACCUCGCGCGGGGAGUAGCUCGUCUCAAGGCUCCAGCUCGGGAGCGGCAGCUGCUUCUACAUCAGGCAGCCCGCCCAAAGACGAGACCAGCACGACCAACAAGAAUAGUGCCACCAAUGUCACACCUGAAGCCACAGGUCCAGCAGUUAGCGCAGGCGCAGCGGGUCGAAGGCGUUCCUCCGCCUCGUCCGAUAAGUUCGCCGGCCUGACUGCCAUGAAACGCAACAGUGGCACCGGCGGCCACAAUUGGGCUGACCAGAAACCCGGCCAGCCCGGCAUCCUGGGCGGCAUGUGGGCGAACUUCACGAAGGGAUCUUGA